UCCUUUGCGUCUUUCUCCAACGGCUACUACAAACACCGCCAAAACAAAUAUGUUACUUCCAUGAAUCAAUGUGGCUCAACAAAAUUUGGCAACUCACAAAAACCAAAACGCUCAUUUUACUCAAUUACUCACUUCAAUUCAAUUCAACUCAAACUUUAUUCAUGGAACCUUCUGCACCCCCUUACUACCAUCGUUACUACUCUGCUGACUCUAAAUCUAGAUCCAAGUCUUCGUCGCGAUUGGCUCGCGUCGACGAAAACGGAAGACCCACUGCAGAGCCGCUUCGGAUUUCACUUGAUGUCGUUCACUCACCAACAAAUUUGAAGCCGCCACCCCAGUCCUCGUCACCUUCCUUGCUGUCUCUUCUAAGGUCUCCAAAUGGUUCUGCUAAGAAAAGUAAAGAUGGCAGUUACUGUCUUCCAAUCAGGGAGCUGCUUCUGCUUUCCCCCUCGCCUGCGAGGAGGUCCAAGCCGCGGUUCGACUCGCCUGCUGCUGCCGCAGAGGAGUUGCCAGAGGUUAAUUCUGGGCUCCGGCGCAGAUGUAAGAGCCGUGGGGUGCUGGGAUCGCCAAGGAACUCUAGGAGGUCGAGGCGGCGGUCCGAGAUUGAGACCAAGGAAGAGAAGGAUGUUGCGAUGUUUGGGGAUGAGGUUUUGAAGCAGAGGAAGCGAAGGCAUAGUGGAAGAUCAAAGAAGGAGAGACUUAGCUUGGUCCCUUUUGUGCCCCCUUCAAUUUCAUCUCCAAAAGCUGAAGAAGAUAAUGGAGGUGAUCUAGUAGAUAGUGUUGGGCAGUGGAUGAAUGAUUUGAUCAUGUGGAAAGAUGUAUCAAAGACUACCCUAUGGUUUGGUUUUGGAUCUCUUUGUUUCUUGUCUUCUUGCUUCACUAAAGGACUGAACUUCAGCAUUUUCUCGGCCAUAUCACAGUUGGCAACUCUGUUGUUGGGAGUUUCCUUUAUCUCAAAUUCACUUUGUCAAAGGAACCAGGUUGAGAAAAUGAGUAAAGGCAAGCUGAAAGAAGAUGAUAUUUUACACCUUGCAAAGUUGAUUCUUCCUGCUCUCAAUUUCGCCAUUUCAAAGACUAGAGAGCUGUUCUCAGGAGAGCCAUCCAUGACGCUGAAAGUUGCUCCUUUUCUUUUACUAGGAGCAGAGUAUGGCCAUCUCAUUACAACAUGGAGGUUGUGUGCCAUUGGAUUUUUUGUCAGCUUCAUUGUCCCAAAGCUCUAUUCUAGCUACUCUGCUCAAGUAAACCAGAGAGCUGAGUGCUUGAAAUUGCGAUUGUUGGACACAUGGAAUGCUUGCACUCAUAAGAAGAUCGUGGUAGCAUCAGCAUUGAUAACCUUCUGGAAUCUAUCUACAGUAAAGACUCGAGUCUUCACAGCUUUUAUUUUGCUCGUAAUAUUCAAAUAUUUUCGGACACAAGUGGUGGAACAACUUGAAGACAAGGAAGCACCGGUGGACGACAAGUUAGACCAGCAGGCAUUGCUGGUGGCAGAACCAGAAGAGGAGAAGGAACCAGAGCAGGGUUUAGUGGUUGCAAAGCAAGAGAGCCAAAUCUAGCAACUAAGUUUAUCUAGCUAUCUGUUGAAAUUGAACCACGAAUAUGCCUUGUGCACCUAUAGAUAGGGUAUUUCUUUGUAGUUAAGGGAGUACUGAAUGGCAUUUCGUUGUAUCUGAGUGAAAAAUAAAAAUGUACUUCCAUAGUCAUGUAUCAAUAUUCUAUACUGUUGCACAACCUGAUUUAAAGUUA